AUGUCCAAGCUGGCAGACCAGGUCGUGUUGGUGACGGGAUCCAGUCGAGGUCUCGGCUUGGCCACGGCUAGGGCAUUCUGCGCCGAAGGAGCAAAGGUCGUCCUCAACUGCGCAUCCUCCCUCUCACGCCCAGCGACCGAACAGGUGGCCAAGGAACUCGGAGCCGUCGCCAUUGUCGCCGAUGUCACGGACUCGGAGCAGGUCGCCUCGCUGUUCCGACAGGCCGAGUCGUAUUAUGGCCAGCCCAUCAGCGUCGUGGUCAACAAUGCGCUAGCCAGCUUCAAAUUCAACGGCGACGCGCGCAAGAAGCUGGACACCCUCGAGUGGGAAGACUUUGAUGCACAAAUUCGCGUGGCGAUCCAGGGCGCUCUCAACACCACUAAAGCCGCCAUGUCCGGAUUUGAGAAGCUCGGUCGCGGCCGCAUCAUCAAUAUUGGCAGCAACCUCGUGCAGAACCCCGUCGUGCCUUACCAGGACUACUGCGCCGCCAAGGGCGCCCUCGUCGCCUUUACCCGCUCCAUGGCCGCCGAGCUUGGCCCCAAGAACGUCACGGUCAACAUGGUGGCAGGCGGGCUCCUCGCGAUGACGGAUGCCAGCAGUGCCACGCCUCCAUUCGUCUUUGAUCAGAUUGUCGCUGUCACGCCCCUGCGCAGGGUGACUACCCCCGAAGACGUCACGGGUGCGAUUCUGUUCUUUGCCAGUCCUUGGGCCAACGCAGUCACCGGCCAGCAAGUCAUUGUGGACGGCGGACUUGUCAUGUCAUGA